GGGCUGCGCCCCCCGCCGCGACGAGGGGCCGGGCACGGCGUGCCGAGCCGCGCCGCAGGGCCGGGGCCGAGGCGGGCCGGGCCGGGCCGGGACAGCUGCCGCGGCCCCGGGCUCGCCUGGAAUGCGGGCGCCGGCGGCGCGUCGCGACUUUUAUGGAAAGUUGCAGCGCCGGAGCGGCGGCCGCAGCCAAGGGGCGCUCGGCAGCCGCCAGCCGGGACCGCGCCGAGCCGCAGCGGCGGGGCAGCGCUCGCAGAAACUGAAAGCAAUCUUAAACGUAGCAGGUGCAGAGCACAGCGCAGUAGCCAUGAAUGACAUUGCACAGAAAACUGAGAUUCUGCUUUCUUCAUCUAAACCCGUCCAAAAAUCCUAUGUGCCCAAGCUUCACAAGGGUGAUGUAAAGGAUAAAUUUGAAGCUAUGCAGAAAGCAAGGGAAGAAAGAAAUCAAAGGAGAUCUAGAGAUGAAAAGCAAAGAAGAAAAGAACAAUAUGUUAGAGAGAGAGAAUGGAACAGGAGAAAGCAGGAGAUGAAGGAACUGCUUGGAUCUGAUGAAGACGAUGACGCAAAAUCAUCUAAAAUAGAAAAAGGUUAUGUUCCAAAGCUCAUAGGAACCGUUAAAGGCAAGUUUGCAGAAAUGGAAAAGCAAAGGCAAGAAGAAGAAAGAAAAAGAACGGAAGAAGAAAGAAAGCGCAGAAUUGAACAAGACAUGAUUGAGAAAAGAAAAAUCCAAAGAGAAUUAGCAAAAAAAGCACAGGAGAUUGAUGACUUUAACAAUACGGGAACUGAAUCAGCAGCAGAGGAAGGGGAUGAUUCACUGCUAGUUACAGUAGUGCCUGUAAAACCCACCAAAACACCUGGGAAGAUGAAAAUAAACUUUGAGAACACAGGAAAGGAGAGAGCAGACCAAAGAGAGAGACAGGAUGAAGAAAUGAAGCUAAAAUAUGACGAACAAAAACAAUUCCUUAAGGAAACCAAGUGCCUUUCAUAUGUCAUGGGUGAAAAUAAAGAGAAUGAAACACAAGAGUCUCUGUCUCCGGGUAAGCUGAAAGUAACAUUUGAGGAACUUGAAAGACAGAGACAGGAAAAUCAAAGGCGGCAAGCAGAGGAAGAAGCGAGACAGCGUUUAGAAGAGGAAAAACGUGCCUUUGAAGAAGCUAGACAGAGAAUGAUCAAUGAAGGUGGUGAUGAAGAAUCUGAAAAUUCUGUUAAAGAAUUCCGCCCUAGUAAACUCAGACUCAGUUUUGAGGAGAUGGAAAGACAGAGGAGAGAAGAGGAAAAGAGGAAAGCAGAAGAAGACGCAAGACGACGCAUAGAAGAGGAGAAAAGAGCAUUUGCUGAAGCAAGGAAGAACAUGCAGGUGCUGGAUGAUGAAUCCCCAGAAAUGUUUAAAACAUUUUCUCAAGAAUCUCUUGUACCUGGCAAACUGGAAAUUAAUUUUGAGGAGUUACUGAGACAAAAAAUGGAAGAAGAAAAGAGGCGCACAGAAGAAGAGCGUAGGCAAAAGUUGGAAAUGGAGAAGCAAGAAUUUCAACAGUUGAGACAAGAAAUGGGAGAGCUGGAAGAAGAGUCUGAAACUUUUGAGCUAAGCAAAGAAUAUGAAGAAUUAAUAAAGCUAAAAAGAAGUGGUUCUAUUCAGGCGAAGAAUUUAAAAAGCAAGUUUGAAAAAAUAGGACAAUUGUCUCAAGAAGAAAUACAGAAGAAGAUUGAAGAAGAGCGAGCUAAGCGAAGAGCAAUGGAUGAAGAAAUAAGAGAAAGGGAAGCUGAAAAAUUUCAAGAGGAUGAUGAGGUAGAUGUGAGACCAGCCAAGAAAUCUGAGGCUCCGUUUACUCAUAAAGUAAACAUGAAGGCCCGUUUUGAGCAAAUGGCAAGAGCCAGGGAAGAAGAGGAGCAGAGGAGAAUUGAAGAACAGAAGUUACUACGCAUGCAGUUUGAACAAAAAGAAAUCGAUGCAGCGUUACAGAAGAAAAGAGAAGAGGAAGAAGAGGAGGAGGGAAGCAUUAUUAACGGUUCUACUUGUGACGAUGAGGAGGAUCAAGCUCGAUCUGGAGCUCCCUGGUUCAAGAAGUCACUGAAGAACACAUCAGUUGUCGAUGGCGAGCCAGUGAGAUUUACAGUUAAAAUUACUGGAGAACCGAAACCUGAAGUUACAUGGUGGUUUGAGGGGGAAAUGCUGCAGGACUCUGAGGACUAUCAAUAUAUUGAAAGAGGAGAAACCUACUGCCUUUACUUGCCAGAAACCUUCCCAGAAGAUGAAGGGGAAUAUAUGUGUAAAGCAGUCAACAACAGAGGCACAUCUGCUAGCACCUGUAUUCUCACCAUUGAAACUGAUGACUACUAAUACUCUACUUUAGCUGGAAUCUUUCUUCCCCUCAAAACUUUCUUACUGCAUCAUCUCUUUCUCUGAUGGGGCCAACUAAAGAAAGCAAGGAUACGCACUGAUUUGUCAUUCCUGCAUCACAUAAGAAUAACCUUCAAAUUGUGAGAGCGUCCAGGUUCCUUGCGCAAUACAAAAAUUACUAUUAAAGGCUAAAAAGAAGGAAUCGAUGUAUGAAAGAUCAACUAAGCAAAAAAGCUGAAUUAUAAUAGUCUCCCACAUUUGAAGACCAUCUGUUGUGUAAUAGUAUAAAGCUAAAUACACAAUCUGGAAACUUGUGUAGUAGUGUAAAUCUAUUGGCAUAUUUUGCAUGAACACUGAAUAUUUAAGCUGUUUUACUUUAACCCAGAGGCAUUGAACUGGCAAAAGGAAAUACUUAUUGAUAAUGAUUUUCAAAAACCCCAGUGUACUAUUUUUAAAGAAUAAAAGAUGACGUAACUGCUCAA